AUGUCGCAGCCCACGGUUCGCCUCCGACAGGGGAUAUAUCGCGGCAAGACACUCAAUGAGGAGCCAACCCACGCCCACUUGCCGCAGACCAUCGAGGCUUUCCUCGGUGUGCCCUACGCCAAGAUCCCCGGCCGGUUCCGUGACGCCGAUCCUCUGCCUUCCAGCGAAGCGACAUUUGAUGCCGUCAAGUACGGCCCCGUGUGUCCCGGCAUCUUGAGCGAGAUGGAUCUCGCCGAAGGAUGGGCCGUGGAUGAAGAUUGUCUCAGCGCGAACGUCUUCCGGCCGGCGGGGCUCAACGAGGACGACGCGGUGCCGGUGGUUGUGUACGUACACGGCGGCGCAUUCAACAUGGGCAAAGGAGGUGAUCGGGCCAUGGCGAGCUUCGUAGCCUAUGCCCGAGGACCCAUCGUCGCCGUCAGCUUCAACUACAGGGUCGGGCCGCUGGGGUUCCUGCCAUCGUCUGCUAUGGAGGAGGAGGGCCUGUUGAAUCUGGGGCUGAGGGACCAGAGGGUUCUGCUGAGAUGGGUCAGGGGUAAUGUUGCGGCAUUUGGCGGAGACCGCGAGAAGGUGACGCUCAUGGGCGUCAGCGCUGGGGCACACUCGAUUGGACACCACCUUCUCACCCCUGACCCUCACAGGGACCCCUCUGCCUCGGCCCCCUCCUACCGAGCCAUUCUCGAAUCCCGCGCGGCCACGGCCCGCUCCGUGCUCUUGGCCCAUCACGCUCGCCACGAGGACCAAUUCAACGAAUACAUCGCUCAUCUCCAUUACCCGUCAUCGCUGUCGAGCCAGGAGAUUGUCCUCCGGCUGCGCGUCGAGCCGCUUCCCCGCCUCCUCGCCGUGCGCCAAGUCUGGCUCCCCUACGCGCCCUCGCUGCGCUGGCCCUUCCAGCCCGUGAUCGACGGGCCUUCAGGCAUCAUCCCCUCGAGCCCUUCCCAGCUCUGGGCAGAGGGCCGCGGAUCCGGGGCCCCGCUGCUCACGGGCUUCAACUCGCACGAGGGCGCCACCUUUGUCCCCGACACGCUCGCCACGGACGCCGACUUUCGCGCCUUCUUCCAGACGCUCCUGCCCGGCCUGUCGACGGUGGACCUCGACGAGCUGAGCGCCCUGUACCCGGCCGAGCCGCAGGCGGCGUACGGCCUGUCGUCGGGCUACCGCGGCGCGCACUUCCCGCGGGCCGCCGCCGCCUACGCGCACCAGGCGUACGUCGCGCCCGUGCUGUGGACCGCGUGCUGCGCCGCCAGCAGGGGCGCUGACGUCUGGGUGUACGAGUUCGCCGCGCGCGGGCCCGUCUUUGGGGGCGCGGGCCACGGCGAGGAGGGCGGCGUCGUCGCGCGCGACAGGCUCGUCGUCGCGCCGUUUGAGGGCCUCAACAGGGUGGCCGAGGCCAUGCACGCGCGAUUCAGCCGGUUUAUCCAGACUGGAGCGCCUGACGGAGGCCCUGGCGGAGAUGCGCAUGCUGCCGCGUCAGGCCAUGAUGCUGAUUCUGGAUCUGGUCCUGGUCGUGGUUCUGGUCCAGGCGCUGUCGGAGAUGACGUCUCGUGGUCGAGAUUUAUGCCCCCUUUUGACGGUGAUCGGCAGGCGUCGGCCGUGAAGGAUUUCGACCUGGCGGCCGGCAGAAUCCUCGUGUUUGGCGGGGGAAAUGAUGAGCGUGCCGGUGGCGCGAGCCCGGGGACCGUCGCGCGCAUGCGGCCGCUCACAGCGCGCGAGAUAAGUCAGUGUCGCUUCUGGUGGCAGCGCGCCCAUCUUGGCCAAGGGACGGGGGAGGCGAGGGCGGCGGCAGGGCGGCUAAGCGAUGCCAUAGAGACGCCCUCCACAUAG